GAGCACGCGGUGCGGCGCGACCUCGCCGCGGCGCACACGCUCUCCCACCACUUCAAGUUCGAUGAGCUGACCUGGAACCACAUCUCGGCAAGGCUCCCGUCGGGCGCGGGCUUCCUCGUCACUCCGGGCGACGCCCUCUUCGACGAGGUGACGCCGCUCAACCUGUCGCUCUCCUCGCCGCAAGCCGUCAACGUGACGGCCGACGUGAUCCACUCCGCCAUCUACGCGGCCCGGCCGGACGUGCGGGCGAUCGUGCAUCACCACACCCCUGCCGUGGUCGCGGUGUCGUGCCUCGAGGGGGGGCUGCAGCUGCUCACGCAGGACGCGGGCGCCUUUGUCGACGCCGUCGCCUACCACGGGUGGGAGGGCGUCUCGGACGACUAUGACGAGAAGGCGCGCAUCGCCGCUGCGCUCGGCCCGAUUGCGCACACGCUGCUGAUGCGCCACCACGGCGCCGUCACCACCGGCAGAACGGUGGCGGAGGCGUGGGUGCGGUACUACUACCUCGACCGAAUGUGCGAGGUUCAGUGCCGCGUC